UGUGAAGUGUUCUUCUUCGCUAACAAUGUUUCUUUUUUUUUUUUGCAGGCCAACAAACUAUGGGACAAGACUAUAGCUACACUCAGCCUUCUUCAUCUGACGAGUUUGACAUGACCUGUUUACUUCAAGCAGAAGCUGAUCUCUACGCGGAUGAAGGUGAGAGUACCUACACACCGGAACCUGAAGCUGAUGAAGGAAUCCCGAGGACAUGUUAUUGCGGUAAUGAGCCUGUUGUUGCAACGUCAUACACUCCUAAAAAUCCAGGAAGGAGGUACUUCUCCUGCGACAACGUUGACGAUGGAGACUGCCACAUCUGGAAAUGGUGGGAUGUGGCGAUUCAAGAAGAGCUUGGUGAAAUGCAGAGACAAGUUAGGAUGCUCAAAGAUCAAUUCUUUGAGAGUGACCAGAAGGUGGCUAAGCUAGAGAACAUCGUGGGUGCAUUAACGAAGAAGAAAUCAAUGGUUAAAUAUGGGUUUGCAAAGAGAGUUUGUCUACUGGUCUUGGUAAUCUUGGUCAUCGUAAUGGGCUGGAAGAGCUUCGGAGGAUUUAAACAACAAUGUCUGAACUCGAGAUGGGCUUCACAGGUACAAUACUUCCACUCUUUUUUGUUUCAGUAAUAAAAAUUAACUAUACUGGUCAUGCUUUAAUGGUUAUUAAUGCUAGUAUUGCUUCCUAACUUUAGAUUUGAUAGAAUCGUACUUUUUAGCUUUUAGUGUAGCAAGUAGAGAAGUUAUUAGUCUGAUUUGAGUGGUGGUAAAUGCUUGUUUGCUUUCUAUCUGCCUAACUACUCCGAACCUAAAUGCUAGUUUACUUUCUAUCGCUUACUUAAGUGUCUGUGUUGCUAAUAGAGUAACACAGACCAUCAUCUAAACAUGAAUAACAGAACUGGGUUUGUUAAUCUAAUGUAUAGUCAAUCUUCAGUUGACCUUGAGUCACCCGAACCUGCUUGGUUCGGUAGCCAAGGUCCUGAUGAGUAUGGUUUCCACCCUGUCCAGCCUAGUGUCGAGUCUUCUGUCCACCCUAGUGUCGAGUCUCCUGUCCAGCCUACAGUCGAGUCUGCUGGCAAAGAGCGGAGGCAAUGGUCUCUGCUUGAGGAUAAAAUCCUCAUUGGGGCGUGGCUUAACACCAGCAAAGACCCUGUAGUCAGCUGUGACCAGAAAGCGGAACGUUUCUGGAAGAGAAUUGUUGACUACUACAACGCAAGCCCUCAACUGGUUGGGACAGUACCUAGAGAGAUUCGUCCAGCCAAGCAGAGGUGGGCUAGGAUUAACGAGCAAGUCUGUAAGUUCGUAGGAUGCUAUGAUGCGGCGUUGAGGGGGCAGAGAAGUGGUCAGAAUGAUGAUGAUGUGAUGAAAGCUGCACUAGACUCAUUAUUCAACAUUUACCAGCGCAAGUUCGGCCUCGAACAUGCGUGGAGGGUGCUGAGGCAUGACCAGAAAUGGUGCACGACGUAUAUGGUUAAAGACGGUGGGAAGGAGAAGCGCAAACAAGUGGUUGACCUUGAUACAGAAGAUGAAGUACCCGAACAUGAAGCAAGACCAGUUGGUGUGAAAGCUGCUAAAGCUGCUGGUAAGAGAAAGAAGAGUGGCAAAGAAGAAGAGAUGUCACAGUUAGAGGCCAUCAUGGAAAUGAAAGGAAAACUCUCUAAACAAAAAAUUCUUGAACGUUUACUUGCCAAAAAAGAUCCACUAUCUGAGAUGGAAGAAUCUCUAAAAUUGAAACUGAUGUCUGAGAUGUUAUGAGGCUAUUAAGGUAUAAAUGUUACAUGUCGUCUGGUGCAUUGUGUAGUUAGUUGUUCGAAGUAUUUGUUACAUGGCGCAUUGAUUUUAUUCUUUAUUAACUCUUGUCUUUGUCUUGUUUCAGGUUCAGCAGUAGGACAUGUGACCAGAGUCACGGGUGGUGCUAGAGGACAUGUGAACGGAGUCACGGGUGUAUUUGGAGUUGCGAAGUUUUUUGUUGUUUUCCUCAAGUGACCAGAGUCACGGGUGGUGCAUUGAGGGUGUAUAAGUAUCAGUCUUUUCUUGCGGAAUUAGAUAUCUGUCUUGCUGUGUUUCCUCUCUAUCAAACUUGUCUCCUUUUCUUGUAAUCCAAGGCUGUGUUAUUUUAGCUACAAUCUCGAAUUGUAAUCGACGAAGUUUGCUUCUCUUUAGGUAACUUCUCCAAAGUUGUAGUAUUGUUGCUGCUUUUGAUUCUCAUAAAAAUCCAAUUUGCACUUAUAUAUACAUUUAUGUUUCUCAUAAAAUUCCUAUUUUAACAAAGUUGGUAGUCUUGAUGAUAUAAACAUCAUAUUCGUACAUGUCGCUAGGUAUAAACAUCAUAAUAAACGUGAUGAUAUAUAACUAUCAUAUAUACAUACCCAAUUAAAUUAGUUAUAUUAAUAAAAAAAAAGUUAGAGAUUUAAAAAAAAAAUACAUAGUUUUAUAGUAAUACAAAAAAAGAAGUUAUAGAUAAAAAGAAUUUAUAGUAAAAAAUAUUUAAAUUAUUGGUUGCAGGAUACCUUUAAAUGUCGUCAUCUUCAUCCGACGAAGUUUUCGAAGAAAGAUUUGACGAAGUUUUCGAAGAAAUCUUCGAAGAUACAUUCACCAACAUAGUCGAGGCUCAAACCAGUCACCAAAGGAGCCGUGCUUAUAUUGAACGAAACCGUGAAGGAGGACAAGACCGCUUAUGGAAUGACUACUUCAGCGAAGAUGCGACAUUCUCGUCACAAAUAUUUAGACGCCGCUUCCGCAUGAAUAAGGACUUAUUCUUGCGUAUUGUCUAUGGGCUAUCAGAGAACUUUCCAUUCUUUCAGCAAAGAAGAGAUGCAACCGGGAGGUUAGGUCUUUCUGCACUACAAAAAUGUACGGCAGCAAUUCGUAUGCUUGCUUAUGGUUCUGCGGCUGACACGGUUGACGAAUAUCUCCGACUUGGUGAGACUACUGCACUUUCCUGUUUACAUAAUUUCACUGACGGAAUAAUACAGUUAUUCGGAGGUGACUAUCUACGACGACCCACACCGGAGGAUCUUCAACGACUACUCGAUAUUGGUGAAAAACGAGGGUUUCCUGGGAUGGUCGGGAGCAUUGAUUGUAUGCACUGGGAGUGGAAAAAUUGUCCGACCGCUUGGAAAGGACAAUACGCACGAGGAUCAGGAAAACCCACAAUUGUCUUAGAGGCUGUUGCUUCCCAAGAUCUUUGGAUAUGGCAUGCUUUUUUUGGUCCUCCAGGCACCUUAAAUGAUAUCAAUGUCCUCGAUCGGUCUCCUGUGUUUGAUGACAUUUUAGAAGGUCGAGCUCCCAGGGUAAGGUACAUGGUCAACGGACACAGGUAUAAGUUGGCAUACUAUCUAACAGACGGUAUAUAUCCAAAUUGGUCAACAUUUAUCCAAUCUAUCAAACUCCCUCAAUCUCCAAAACAAGAGUUAUUUGCUAAAGCUCAAGAAGCAGCCCGAAAAGAUGUGGAGCGGGCUUUUGGAGUAUUGCAAGCUCGAUUUGCGAUUAUCAAAAACCCGGUUCGUACAUUGAACAAAGAAAAGAUAGGGAAUAUUAUGAGAGCAUGUAUCAUACUACACAAUAUGAUAGUUGAAAAUGAACGAGAUGGAUACAUGCGGUACGAUAUAUCUGAAUUUGAAGAAGGAGACGUCACCAGAACUUCACAGGUGGAAACCAACAGGCCUACAAAUCUGAAUAAUAUGUUUCCCAAUCGGAAUGAUCUUCGGGAUGAGCAUAUUCAUGAACGGUUGAAGAAUGAUUUAAUCGAAAAUAUUUGGAAUAAAUUUGGUGAUGAAGAUUAAUAAUUAGUGUAUCUUGAUUUCUUAUAAAUUUGAUCAUGUUUUUAUUUAGAAAAUUUUCUAUCUUUAUGUAAAAUUAUUGUUUUUUCUUUAAUUGUUGUAUUUUUAUGUUUAAUUAUUGUUUUUAAUGUUUAUUUCUUAUAUUUUAUGUUAAGUUAUUCUAUUUAAUCAUCCAAUAUAUCAAAAUUAUAUUUCACUACACAAAAAACAAAAAAUCAUUUUUUUAAUUCCUAAUGAUUCUAUUUUAGGGAUCACCAUUGUACACAUAUUUUUCACAAGAGUCCUUAACUAUUCAAAAAAAAAAAAAUAUAUAUAUAUAUAUAUAUAUAUUAAUCUAAUCCUAAGGACUCCACAAUGGGUCUCACCAUUGUGGAAAAAAAAAAUAUAUAUAUAUAUAUAUUAAUCUAAUCCUAAGGACUCCACAAUGGGUCUCACCAUUGUGGAUGCUCUAAAUAUGCUAGGAGCCAUUAGGAGCACCUGAACCAUAACCACAUUGUAUUUUCAGUUGGUGCGAUCACUGCAAUCCAAAAUAUCUGAUGAAGCUUGAGUAUUUACCUGUGUUGUUAACUUCGUAAUUUGGAGUCUCUCCAUGCCUCCGCAGCUGCAGUCUCCUCCAUGCGGUCGUGUCUACUGUAAAUAAGAAAAGGCCAGGGUAAUCUGAGCCGUUGAUUUGAGUUUUGAUUAGGAUAUUAAAUCUAGAACCUUGGAUCAGGCUUUGGGUGAUACAAAUAUUUUCAGGAGGCAAUAACAUACAUUUGAGCCUCAGUCAAUUCCAUUAGUCUUUCUGUGAUUGUAGAUUUUCUCGAGUAAGUUGGCUGAGCUCAAGACCAACGAUCAACGUAUACUUCACCUCGGUCUAAGAAAUCUUCUGUGACUCUGUGUUUAAUUAGAACUAGGAUUUUGAACCGUUCAUAAGUUUGCUCCCGAGAUUAUGAAACAAACGACGGCGUAGGAUCUCAUAGGACUACUCCGAUCUGGGCCCAUUUAGUGCUGACUCCAUUACUUAACAAUGACGCUUCUACACUACACGUGUGGGGACAGGCAGCCACAGUUGACUCUAUCACGUGUACUUGUCCUACGCCACGUGGAUGGAUCCAUUUGUCUGUGUCAAAGACAAUAGACUUGUCACCACGCAAGACCUAUUGGGCUCUCCGUAAAUUUCUUGACUCAUCUAUAAAAGGGACGACACCAUUAAGACUCGAGAAAGAAAAAAAGACAAGAACAAAAACAAAAACAAAAAAUGAUGAAGUGUUUGAUCUGUCUCUCUCUUAUCCUCCUCCCUCUCAUCUCCGUCGUGGAAGGUAAUCUUUUUUUUUGCUAAGAAAAAGUAAAUGGAAGGUAAUCUUGGUGGCUUAGGUAAUCUCGGUGGCUGGAAGCCGAUUGAUUUAUCUGAUCUGAACAUCCAAUCGCUCGCCAACUAUGCGAUUAUUGAGCAUAACAUGCAAUCUAAGGCGAACCUUGUGUUCGUGAAGAUCGUCGAGGGGAAGGAGCAAGUGGUUACCGGAAAGAGGUACGAUCUGACCAUCGCGGCGAAGGAUGGCAGUGGCGCCACAAAGAACUACGAGGCCAUCGUGGUGGAAAGACCGUGGGAUCAUUACAAGAGCCUUGAGUCAUUCAAGGCCUUAUAGAUUAGAAUCGAUAUAUUAUAAUAUUUUGAAGGUUUGAUAACUUGAUAAUUUGAGAUUUUGAUAUUAUGUUUAUUGUUUUUUGGAAUAAAAUCUAAAGCAUAGAUAUGUCUCUUA